AAUUUAAAUCACCACCGUAUGCUCUAGCUCUAUGGCUAAAUUCGCGUCGAGCAAUUUUUUUUUUCAAAAAUCAUUAAUGUUUUCAGUUUCUUGCCUUAUCUGUUUAACGUUUUUAAAGGUAGUUCUUGGCAUAUUUAGCUUGAGUUUGUAAAGUGCAGCUUUGCUUUGUGUUAUACUUGCAGGAGAAAGUGAAUUGCAAUCGGGUACUAGACUUUUUCCCGUCAACAGCUUUGUUCACAGGUCUCAUGAAGGUAGUUUAGUGUAGAAGAUGUAUUUUGAGCUUGCUUGCAUGUUAAUACGUUUCUUUCGAAAUCCGUGUUUUUUGAAUUCUUGGAUUUGAUCAUUCAAAGCUUUAUUCGGCUUGAAAGGUUUUUAUCGGCGCUAGUUAUGUGGGUUUAGUAGCCUCAUAUUGCGUCAUUUAGAUGUCUUGCUUUUUUUAAUGACGAGGGGGACUUCUAAAGUUCCGAGAUUAAAAAUUGUUUAUUGCUCAGGUGUUAAAGGCACUCUUUUCGGCGUAAUGGUGGUCUACCCAAGGAUAUGUAACCGCUAGCUUAAGGCCGACAGUUGUCUUUGUCGGCAUUUUUUCUUUAAUUUGCAUCAUUUUUGACUUUGACGUCCGGCUAUUUUUUGUCGGCCAGCUCGCCAUGCUAUGUUUGUGCUGUAUUGCGAAUGGGGAGAGUGAGAGUACCGCUUCGCUUCUGUGUAAAAAAAUCAAUAAUUAGUUUUUUUUAAAGCAAAGAGCUUGAGCGUGAUUUAUUCUUCGAAAAGCAGAGCCUGAAUAUUGAUCCAAAACAUAUUUUUGCUUCCCAUUUGUUGACACUUUUGCAAAUGUCUGUAGACUGUUGCAGACCAUAAUGAUGCACUGAAAGACUUAAGAAAUCAAGCGAGCGCCAACUGGAUAUUGUGAUGCUUUCAGUUGAGAUAAAUGGCAAUGGAUGCAGCUAGUGUAGGAGUUGGAGUCAACAUCUCAAGCAGGAGCGGCAACCCCAUGGGUUCGACACCAGUCGCCGCCCCCACGCCCAAUCCCCAAAAGACACUUGGACCUGCAUCGGGGGAGGACCAUGUGCACAUGCAACAGCAGGGGAUGGGGCCAGGAGGCAGACCGAUGGGAGGGGGAGGCGAGGGGGGCAAGUAUGGGAACCUCGGACAGGGAAAGAAAAGUGCGCCACAUAUGCUGCUCAAUAGACGCAAGCCUCAGAAGAACUACUUUGACUCUGGCGACUACAACAUGGCCAGACAGCUGGGUGCCAGAGGGGGAGGGGGAGGGGCACAGACAGGGCUGAGCGAGGGAGCAAGUGGGGGUGGAGGAGGGGGUAGCAGGGGUGUGAAGAGCAGACCGGCGCUGAGUUGCAUGAUGAGUGGAAUGGGAACUAUGGCACCCACUCCUGAGGCAGUGGAACUGACAAGACACCCCCAUCAUGAGCAGAGUAAACUGGUGCAACAUGAGGAACAACUGCAGGGUGCUCCUUCUCAUUUGGGAGGCACGGGAUCUGCAACUGUUGACGCAAGUCAUCAGCAUCACAUGAGUACAGUUUCUAACGGCAGCAGAAAUCCGCAGCAACAAAUUGUUACCGCUCUUCCGCACGGCAGGAACCAUCAAGAUUCAAUCGCUGUUCAACAGGGAGUCCGGGAAGGUGAGGCGGACAGGACUCUCACUCACAUUACUGCAUCACAUGAAGACGAAGAGAGCAUGGAAGACUCACCGUCGCUGACAUCCGCGAUUCCACCCUCUUCGGAAUCAGUAGGAGUCCCCCACAAUACCUCGCAGCAAGCUCCACUUGCAGUUGAUGGCCAUAGUCAGUCUAGCCACCCAUUUGCCCAGAGUUCUACAACCCAAAAUCAACAACAACAAAAUUCGUUUCUCACAUGAGUAAAGACUUAACUAUACGUUGAUGGGGGCUCACGAGAUGUACAUGGGUUUAGAAUGCAGAAAACAGAAUCAGAACUAUUCAUUUUAAACUAUAUAUCUUGAGCAUGGAAAAGUAAUGAAUAAUCAGAAGAUAGAAACUAGCCCGCUAAUAAACUUGAAAACUAUUUUCUACUUAAAAUUUUGAUUUGUUCCGGUAGGAGAAUUUGAGUGGAACCUUGAAUGAACCUAAUUUCAAUUUAAUGGUCAACAAUUAUCCGAAUUUAUUUGUGCAUUGACUUGUAAGUAAUUCUUUCCUAUCCGGUGCAAUGAAGAAACAACAUCAAUCUAUGCCUUCAAAUUUUAGUUCAUUGGUCUGCGCUGAAAAAUGCUUUUAUCGGUCAACGAGUUCGUUGAAGAAUUGGUUUUUUUUGGACUGAGCAAUGACACUAGACAAAUAAUCAAUAUGUUUAUUAUAAUUAAGUGAAUAAAGAUUUAGCAUUAUAGAAGGCAUGGAGGGUUGUGCAAUGUUGAUUUAAGUUGGUUUAUUUGAAAUUUCUUUGCUGCUUUAAGGUUAUCUCCCGUUUUUAACAUCUGCAGUUGGUGCCGAUGACUCAUUCAGCUGAGCUAAAAUUAUUAUCCUGAUCACAAAUGCAGUGCAAUUUUUAUUUCAUUGUGACGAAUAUGAAUUUGGUCUGCCUCGGAAAUCCCAUCUGUUUGGUUAAAUUGAGCAAAUAUCCCAGUCUUGCCCCUCUCCCCGCCCCAUCCUCCGCCAGAAGUUGAAACCUUUUCUGCGCCUGGAUCCUCCUGAAAAUAAUCUUAAUGGCAUAGCUAUGAACUUGGAAUGAUGCUGAAAUUGAGUACAACGUAACAUAUGAUUUUCCAUAAUGUAAUGAGUGAGCUGCAGCAUCAAUGUUGUUUGGAGUCCAAUUGCGCUUCUAUUUCUAGAUCUUGAAUUCUUAGAAUGCAUUUUCUGCUAAUUUACAUUUCAAUUUU